AUGGCUUCGACGCAGGCUCCCGCCAUUUUCGAAGAUGCGCCUCGUUCUCCCACCAAACCGUCCGUCCUUCGAGCGCUCCUGGGCCAUAGACGAAACCAAUCGGCCGACGAUGCCGCUCGUUCGAUGCCCUACACAAGCGGUUCUUCGAGCAGUUCCUCCCCGGUGGAGCAGCAGUAUCCUCCGUCGAACCAACAACCCCUUGGAGAGAUCACCCCCAAUGGUACACCAGACGGCAUGUUCUAUCCUGGAUCCCCGAAUAAAAGCGGUAAGGGGCUGCACAAGAAGACGAAGAGCGCCGUUUCCUUGAAAUCUCUCAAGAACUAUAUCGAGCGCAAGCCAGAAAAGACAGCCGAUGAUCCGAGCAGCAAACCGAAGAAGGCGAAGUCUACCAAUAGUUUUACGGCUAUCCUGAAACGCUCCCAGCACGGACGCAAGAGCGACGAGGUCAAAGAUGGCCGUGAUAAAGAGAAUAGAAGCCCUUCUGACCCUGCGGAUAAUAUACCUUCCCCUGUCUGGACGCAAUAUGGCACGCCGACGCACUCGUUCCGUGACGAGUCCUCGCCGGCCAAUAGUAACAGACGGAGAACUCUGCAAGAGGAAGUCUCGCUCUACACCCCAAAGGGAUACGGUCCCGCCCAGCAGCGGAACUUCUACGACUACCACCAACCAUCCCUCAGCAGCCGAACCAAUGUGAAGCCUCGUCCGAAAUCCGAUUUCUUUGCUAACGGCUCUAAAGUGAAGGACCUUCUUGGGCCUUUCCAGGGGCUCUCCCCGAGCAAGCAGUCCCUCGUUGACCAGCAGGAGCCCACUUCGAAGAUGGAGUGCGGAAGGCCUAGAGGUCUUUCGACUCCUGAUGCUCGCUCUGAGACAGAGUCCAGGCAGGCAAGCCCGAAGAAACCCUCGCGUGUGCAGGAAGUGAUUUCGGCAUUCAAUGCGAAGGAGCGUGAGGCUGAUUUGCAGAAGCGGCUUAAUGCUAAGGAUCUGGAAAGCGAAUUUGAGAAGCUACUUGUUAGCAUACCCACCCAGAUUGGAUGGCGCGAGCUAACGUGGACAGGAUGCGAGGAACAUUCCUCACAACAUGAGGGACAAGAUGAGAAAGACAAGCUCGAAAGCACAACGCCUCACAGCGCUGCCAGCACAUACGCAGCCGAGAGUACAGGCCGCCGCGGCCGCGGAAAAGACAAGAAAGAAGAACACGACAGUCAUGACAGUAAAGGGUCUCGAUCGCGGUCGAGGAGUCGCGGUUUCACCUUCAGCAGGGGCAACUCAUCAUCACCAACCAAGAAGCGGCCAGAGAGCGGAAGCUCCCAUCGACGACCGAAGUCUAUUGAUCUUAGCGCCCCUGGGCUGUCUAAGAUUCUCACACCUAAUGCAUCCACAACGUCGCUUGCGGUUACGGCACACCGUGACACAGCUACCGAUCCGUCGGAUUUUGUGCACUACUUGAAGGAGAUCCAGAAACCCGAGAUUAUCGAGGUUGGCAAAAUCCACAAGCUUCGCAUCCUUCUUCGUAAUGAAACUGUCAGCUGGGUUGAUAGCUUCAUCGCUGAAGGGGGCAUGGAUGAGAUAGUACAACUUGUCUAUCGGAUCAUGAAGGUUGAGUGGAGGGAAGAACACGAAGACAACCUACUUCAUGAGACAUUGCUGUGUCUCAAAGCUCUCUGCACGACGUCUGUGGCGCUGCAACGCCUAACCGAUAUUGAAGCGGAGCUAUUCCCAGCAUUACUGGGCAUGUUGUUCGACAAAGAAAAGAAAGGCCCUAGCGAGUUCACCACCCGCGGUAUCAUCAUCAACCUCAUCUUUACCCAGCUUUCCACAGCAGCGUCCGCUGAGGACGGUGCAGCCCGCACCAACCGUAUCCUCUCAUACCUCCGAGACCCCCCAGAAGAAAAUCAACCGCUCUCAUUCAUCGCCAAUAUCUACCAAUCCCGCCCCUACCGCGUCUGGUGCAAGGAAAUUUCCAACGUCACCAAGGAGGUCUUCUGGAUCUUUCUGCACCACCUCAACGUAAUCCCCGUGGUGCAAUCUGAUAAAAGCCUGGAAAGUUACCGUGAGCGUCACUUUCCCGCACCUCGUCCCCCUGUUCCUGCCGCGCCCUACGUCGGCGGCGUAGAGUGGGACGCAACUAAUUACCUCGCCGCUCACAUCGACCUGAUCAACGGCCUCAUUGCAUCAUUACCGACAGUUGAAGAACGGAACAAUCUCCGCAAGGAGUUGCGCGCCUCGGGAUUUGAGAAGGUCAUGGGCGCCACACUCAGAACCUGCAAGGAAAAAUUCUAUUCAUCUGUUCAUGACUGUUUGAGGACUUGGGUCUCGGCUGCGGUGGAAGACGGCUGGCCGCAUCUUGCUGUUAGAGAGGGGCCCCCCAGGCAGGAGGCUUCGUCGCCUACGAGGUCGCCAGUCAAGAGCCCAAAUAAGAAGGGCGGACUUAAUGAUUUGCCGCCGAAGCUGGAUUUGAAAAUCGAUAUUCCGGUCGGUGGCGGUGGUGGGGGUAACAGGAAGGGAGACCCUAUUGGGGAUUGGUUGUGA